AUGUUUUACAUUGCUGUUAUAUUCACAUGUGUGUACAGGGAAGGCAUGAUAGACACGGUAGUUCCGGUCUUCAGGGUAAGGAGAGACACUGAAGAAGUUCUAGAUGUCAGUAACUCGUACUUCAUCGACCACAUUGGAAGGGUCUAUCACUCGUGGAAUAAUUACCUGGAAGAGAAUAUCUGGAAUGUCUGCUGGAUUUGCGUCCCUGAAGGGGGGAUAUAUAUCAAAGGAAAUGCUGACGAGUGCCCGCAGUUUUACGAUCAAACGGCCAGAGGCGACCUGACAGAAUUUCUGGACAAAAUGGAUAGUGUUCUGAAAACGUCCUCUUCUCUUGGAAUGGUCACUGGUCUGGGUAUGACCUUCUUCCCACAAACAGCCGUGAUUGGCGCUGUUGUGAUUCUGGGCAGCAUUGUGGUCAAGACCACCAGAGCAGUCUAUGACACAGGCAGAAGCAUCGGCAUAUUAGCUGACCGUUUCAGACACGACCAGUCCGUGGGCAUGGAAAAUGCAGAGGCAAGAAUGUGCUGGCUGAAUAUUCUCAAAUCAAUAGCCGCCAUUACUGGUGUAGACCCUAAAAAGGCGCUGUCGCAAGCUGGGGUGUUUGGCACCCCAGUGAGCGAAGAGAUAAGAGCCGUCUGCAUUGGAUUGGAUAUGGCCAUCAUAUCUACCUGUGGUCUGAACGUCUUGUCAUAUGCCAACGAACUGAGCAAAACAGCAGGAAUCACUGCCUUGGAAGCCAUGCAAUUCUCGACCUGCAUAUUUUUCCUGACACAUUCAGACAUCUCUUUGGAAACUGCCAAGGCCAUCAUCAGGGAAUCCAAGGAGACCUACUUCAACAAAAUGAAUUCAAACAAAUUUCCCAAUAUAGAGGAUGCCGACGGGAGUCAACGCAAAGAACUUGGUGACGAGACCUGGGAAGUGAAGACAAUACAAAGGAACACUGAAUAUGUCAAGGAGAUUAAGAGGAUCAGAAAUGCUGAGGAAUUCCUGGCCGAAUUCGAAGUGAGACCAGAGGGGCAAUACAUUGCCACCCAGAAGUGUUGAAAUUGACUCAAAACUUUACUUAAAGAACUUGAAAUUUAAAUCUGGUAAACUGGAUAUUAACUAGCGGCCAGCCACCAUGUUAAAAUCCAUGCGGGAUUGUUAUAGUAGAUUCACAUCAACUGUGCAUUUGAUAUCUAGGCCAGUCCCUUACGACGCUCCUGAUUGGCUGUUGAUAAACCAGUCACACGGCUGGAAACUCUCAGUCUCUCGAGAGAGGUCACAUACGAAGGACGUACAUUUCACCUCUCCUGAGGGAUACUUUUGAAAGACUUAUCCAUCAGGAGACGUGGAACAUAUAUCCUGCCUAUGCAAACUCUCGAGAGAGACUGAGGGUUUCUAGCCCCGUGAUUAGCUUAUCAACAGCCAAUCAGGAGCGUCGUAAGGGACUGGCCUAGACAUCAGAUGCACGGUUGAUGUGAAUGUACUAGAGUAGUCUGACUAAUAUUUAACAAUUUCAAAGAAAAAUAGUGUUUCUGACAGGAAUAAAAAACCCCUUUGAAGGGGAAGAUCAUUUUGUUUAAAAAAUGUAAUCGCAAAUUUAAUAAGCACUGGUGAUCCCUUCAAUAUCUAUAGUUAUAAAAUUAACACUGGUAAAGAUGUUAAGCUUUGUUAAAAUCAUUCAUAGAAGCUUCUCUUGAAUUACCUUCUCAUAUCUUUGCUUUUCUCCUUAAGUGAUAUAUUUUUUCACUGCACUUUCAUUUAUUCGUCUAUUAGAACAUUCUGUAUGAUUAUUUUGUCGAAAUAAAAUAUA